CUGAGUGCAGGAAUCACAAACAUAGCGACACAGAAGGGGUAGCGCAUGACGCCAGCAACCUAACGCUGUUGCCUCUCUUUCUAUCUCUCUCAGACACACACACACACACACACACACCGUCUCUCUCUUUUUCACACAUACUCACGCCUCUCAGACACACGGCAACACGCAAGCCAACGAGCAGGACAGCGCUGGACAUAUCAUUCAUAUACGGAACAGAUCCUAAGAAAAGGAUUAACUAUCUCCAUCCCUCUCCCUCUGAGGACCUUAGCCUCUCUUACCUCCUCUUGUUCCUCUAAGCCUUUCUUUACCUCUGUUUUUUUUCUAAAAUCCUCAUCUUUUUUUUUUACACAAUCCGUCCCUUCACAAUUUAUCGGUGGGUUGAAGGGAAGGUGGAGGAAUUGUCUUUAUUCAGAGAGAAGGAUUAAUCUUACAUUAUUCAUCUGACCAGGAUCUUGAAUGUAUGGAUUUUCUUAGUUGUAGUGGUGACAGCUUUUCUUCAAUUUUUUUGUCCAGUCAGAAAUUUUUGAGCUUUAUUUCUUUCUUUUUUUUAAAAAAAUAAUAUUUUUGGACGAAUGGCUGAUUGCAGAAAGCCAUAAAGCUCGUGCUGUCCGAGAUAUUUGGUCAAAAGGUGAUUUGGUGUGAUUUUUCACAUUCACCACAUUGUCGGGAGCCUCAUUCAUGGCGCCUUGACACCGCUUCCACAGUCCCGUCCCUCCAUCAGAGGAAGGCCGCAGUGCUCUGUCAUGCCCCCCCACACCCACCCCCCCGGGGGCACUGGCCUUCCCCCAGCUAGCGCCACUAUCUACCACUGCUACUUGGCCAAACCAGUCUUCCUCUGUGUCCUCUGCCUCCUAGCUGCAUUGCUGCCGCCAACCUGCUCCUGCCCUCCUCCCUGUCUCUGCUCCUCGGACAGCCUGGUGGUGGACUGCAGAGGCCGGGGUCUCUCCUCUCUGCCUCCCUUGCACCUCCUGCCUCCAAGGAGCCGCUCACUCCUGCUAACCAACAAUAAACUCGCCUCGCUGGGAGCAGCUGCCUUUGCUAACCUCACUUCUCUGGAGGAACUGGACCUCUCUAAUAAUUACUUGGAUAAUUUACCAGCCGGAUUAUUCAGAGACAUGUCCAACCUGACAAGAUUGACUCUGCGCAACAACUCCUUAACAGUAAUGGACAGAGACCUCUUCCAGGGUCUGAGCGGUCUUCAGAGUCUAGACCUGUCAUUGAAUGGUCUGUCCACAAUUCCUCUCGGCCUACUGGAUGAGUUGCAGAGCCUAAGGUGGCUGUCCCUAGCGGGUAACAGGCUUCAUGGUUUGGAAAGGGCAGCAUUUGAGCCGCUGGCCAAUCUGCAACACCUGGAACUGGGCCAUAACCCCUGGGAAUGUGACUGCAACCUCCGCGAUUUCAAACACUGGAUGGAGUGGCUGCUGUACAGAGGGGGGAAGGUGGAUGCGGUGGAGUGCACACUACCGAAAGAUCUGCGUGGACGAGACAUCCGUGGUGUUCCGGUGGAAAUGUUCAACUACUGCCUCCAACUCGAAGAUGAGAACGGAGGGGGUGAGGGUUCUCGUUCGGGACAAGGAGGCGGUCCUCCCUGCAGCAGGAACGCUCUCAAUCCCAGCGGGUCGACACCAGUUUCUGACAGCAGCGGCAGCACUGCUGAUGAUUCCUCUUCAAACACUGGAAGUGGAGGAACAGGUGGAGAGGCUCCACAGGACUGCACCCGCUCUCGCUACCGACCUGUAAGCGUGCGGCGUGCCAUUGGUACGGUUGUAAUUGCCGGCGUGGUGUGUGGCAUUGUUUGCAUAAUGAUGGUGGCUGCCGCGGCUUACGGCUGUAUCUACGCCUCCCUGAUGGCCAAAUACCAGAGAGAGCUAAAGAAGAGGCAACCGCUAAUGGGGGAUGGAGAGGCUGAUGGAGAGGACAGGGAUGAGAAACAGAUCUCCUCUGUUGCCUAAAGGAUUGAUGGCAUGGGGGUUUGGCACGUCAAAGGCUUAGGGAUGAAAAGGGUGAAAAUUAAAAGGGCUCAAAGAGAUGAGAGAUGGAAGAGCUUGUUUUAAACACACAGACGGUUAUAGUAUCUCUCCCUGUGACUCUCAAACUGACACCUCUCCCACUUUUUGUCUUCCUUUCUUUUUCUAUUUUUAACCUCCUCCACUCUGUCGUUUUCUCUAACAUACUCCCUCACACACAUACCUUAUCUGCUCCCAGAUUCUCUCUUCCAUUUGGACCCGUUCUCACUGCAGUAUUCAUUCCCAAACAUCCCUCCAACUCGCCUACCAGCCACCUACUGCUGUUGAAUUUACCAGUAUAUUGGCUAGGAGAAAAAAAAUUGGUUCCUCUCUCUCAGUAUGAAACAUAUCAUUUAAGUAGUUACAGAACACUCAUGGUGCACGGUGAGCCAGUUUUUGUAAACCUGGGCUGAGAUAUCAGGGAUUCAUAAUUUGUACGGUAUUGACUGGACCAAUAUGAGAAGAAUUUCUUGUAUCAGGAAGUAGCCUGCAGUUCUCAGUUUAUCUGUAACCUUCUCCUUCUCAGCCUCUCCAAAGCCAGUAAACCCCUCAAGAAACCAAGAUCUGAGCACAGACCCGUUCACUCUCUUCUGGACUGAUCCUCCUCUGAUUUCUCCUCAACCUCCAAGACCUCAAGAAAGAAACUGACAUUAAUGAGGAGAGCUGAUAGAAAAUUAAGACGAUUUGUAGAUGGAAAUCCGAUCUACUACUUUAUCAAAGGAAAGAUACUGAGGCUAGAUCUGAUAUAUGUAACAGAAAACCAUUUGGAUUUACAGAUGAGCAUUCAUUUAUCACAUUAGUGGGACUCUGGCCUGUUCGAAUCAGACUUCACCUUUGCUCUGGAUCUUCUGUGGACUAAUUCAAGCCUGGAGGUAUUCAAAACUGAAGCUGUCCAUGAGAUUCUGACUUGGAUCUUAUCAAUCAGCUCAAGGAGGAUUAAACCAUAUGACUGGAAUGUUGAAUUUGCUGUAUUCACCUGCUUCAGAAAAAGCUCCUACUUGUUUGAUGCUUAAGAUGGUUAUGAUAAAUGUCCGGACAGAUCAAAAGAAUCAGAUCAAAUCCAUGUUCUGAUGUUACUUGGACUAUGCUUCUGGAUCAAAGAAGAUUACACCACAGUUACUGAGAUCCAAAGGACCACAGACUUUGCUUUAAAGCACAUGCUCUUUGUUCUGAACUCAUUUUGAAACUCCUUUCACCUAUCAGAGGUGAAAGUUUGCUACUAUGGCAUAAAAAAAACUCUGAGAAUCCUGGUUUUCUGACAAAGACUACAAAAAUUCAUCUAUAAACUACAAACUUCAGGCUUGUGCACUUUAUUUCCCUAAACAGAUUCCCUCUGGCCUCUCUCUUUCCGUCCUGUCCUCCUUCUUUCUUUCCAAGAUGGAUGAAUUGCCUGGAGGGAUUAUUAAAAAAAGAGGGAUUAAACUAAAAAAGCUGCUAUUUUUACCCCUCCUCCUUCUCAUCCCUUUAUCUCACUAUCUUUUUUUUCUCUAUCCAGUGCUAUUUGAGGAGGUUUUUUUCACACUCCUUAAAGACUCCAUCCUUUUGUGCAUCCCUUCUCCCAUAGUCUUGUCUGUUUGUUUUUCUUGAACAGUCUGCAAUAUGCAAUGGAAGUUGCAUGAAAAUGUCACUGCCAAAGAGUCCUUGUGUUUAAAAAGAAAACGUAAUUAUCAUUAAUUUGAGAGGAAUCGCUUGAUUAACACUCGUUUCUCAGUGCAGUCACAAAAACGGUUUGAUUGUUUGCUCUUUACGUAGUGUUUUCAUGAGUAUCCCUAUCUAUGGCCUGGUAAACGUUAUUAUUUUACAGUUAGCAGAGUACAAUAACUAACUUAAGUUCCCCCCAUACUAAAACUAUCGUUUCCUCUCAAUUUUUGAUUGGCUGCGAAUAAACUUAUAUUAAUAGUGUGUUAUCUUAUAUCUGGGUAUGAUGCAGAUAAAUAUUAUUAUACUAGUCUUCUAUGGUGUGUUGGCCCAACAAUCCAGAAUCGUUUAAAGUAGCCGUUUACGGUUUUUCUGUACCAAUUCAUGAUGUAUGUGUUUUAUUGUGUUAAUGGCUUCUAUGUUCUGUUUUAGAUUUAAAUAUCUGUGUAACAUUUCUUUGUUGUUUCCAUUUAUUUGUGUUGACUACCUGGUAAAGUUUCUGAAAGAAGCAUAGAAAGAGUUUACCAGCUUAUGCCUAAUGUUAAUCUGGUUGGGAUCAUUUGGCAUAGAGCUCUAACAUGUAUUUUUUUUUUUUAUUUAAUAGCAGUGGCUUUAUCUCCUACAAAUAUUUUUUCAUAAUGCGACUUAAUCCCUGUUUGUACAGGAUUAGUAUUUCCAGGAGGACCAAAUUAUAUCCCUGCGUGUGUAUUUCAUGCACACAAGUAAAGUCUGUGUUUCAUUUAAAUAUACUGACAUAAACUCUGGAUAUGAUGGAAAAUGUUGAUUGGAAAGUACUUGUACUAUAAAUAAUAACACCUACAUUUUGACAGGUAUCUACAUGUUCCUUAAAUGCUCCCAAAUUUUCAUUUAGAAUUGCCAAUGCAUCUUCUGUAAUCUUAAACUGGAAUGAGGCAAAAAAAGGUGUUUAAUUUUCCUAAUUAAGUGAUUUCCAUGAUGAGGCUAAUAUUAUCACAGGAAUUCUGUAGGUAGGUAAAGUAGGCAUCGAGGAUUGGACUUUUUACUUCACAAAGUAUGGCAGAGUUGUUGUUAUGAUGAACGACUGGAAGCCCUUGGGUAAUAUUUCAAUCAUGUGCAAACAGAGUUAUUUUAAAAUAAGAAACAGUAUUUGCAUUUAUGAAGAUACUUUCUGUCUAUAUUGCAAUUACAAAGAUGUCAAAAUCUGUAUCUACAAGCUUGUUUUUAAUGGAUUGUUUUUACAAUAUAAUAACUAUGUUCAAUAUGUAUUUAAGUUACAAUGAGAACAAUUUGGAAAAGGUCAGAAAAAGUAAGUCUAGCUCUUCUGGAUGCAAGAGAGCUGACUGAUGACCAGAAAGAGCAUCUCAUCAUACAGUUCAAAACGCCUUGGGUGUACAUUAUAACUUAAGAUUUGUCAAAAUUUAAUAACAAUGGCUGCUUCACUAACCUGAAAAGAUGCAGAAAGCGCUCAAGCAAAAGCAAUUUCCAAAUUAGCUUCACAGUGGACGUCUUCAUGGAUGCACAUGCUGACAUUAAAUACUGUGUGAUAUAACCUUGAAUUUUAGAGACUCUGAGGUAGCGCCGUAACGAAAGCAAAAGCUAAACUCUGUCUUUGAAUCCAGAAACACUGUCCUCUCGCCCCCUGGUCUGCAGGUCUUGUGUUGUUUGUAGCUAAGUAUCUUAGCUAGCUUGAUCCUGUUCCUAUAGUCUGUGUGCAUAAAGAACAAUAAAUUCUAGUUUGUUACGUAAAAACUGCAGCAGCCAUGAUGACCAAGGGCCUCUGAGACUACACUGCUCAGAAAUCUACAUGUGUUGUCUUGUUAUGAUGAUUGUGAUUAUGACAAUGAUGAUAUGAAGAUGGUGAUGAAGCAUUUCCUAGUCAAUAUGCAUUGUUUUAAAUAAAAACAUAUCACACCUAUGUCA